AUGUCGGUCUCUCUCCUUCCGACGCGAAAAACGUCUCUGUUGGUCCUUCUAGGUGUCACCUUCAUCGCCCUCAAGCGCGCGCGAACCGGAAACUUCGGCAACGGGUCAAGAAAGCUUGCCUGGUUAUUGCCUCUUGCUAUGGGCCUCCUUCGUCAGCUGUUCGUCGGUACGAACAAGAAAUUCAUCACUCACCCAGCCAAAGUGGGAGAGUCGCGAGAGUACGACAUUAUCAUUGUUGGAGGCGGCACUGCGGGAUGCGUCCUAGCUGCACGUUUGUCGGAGGAUCCGUCGGUUAGUGUUUUACUGCUUGAGGCUGGAGUCAGUGGAAAGAGUCUCCUUUUUACACGUAUUCCGGUCGCCUAUUCCCUCCUUUUCAACUCAAAACACGUUUAUAAUUUCUAUACGGAGCCUCAAACCUCAGCACAAGACAAGAAGAAAUAUUGGCCUGGAGGGAAAAUGCUGGGAGGAUGUUCUGCGAUUAAUGCUCAAAUGGCACAAUACGGCGCUCCUGCGGACUUUGAUCAAUGGGGAAGCAUUAUAAAGGACGAAAGCUGGUCUUGGGAAAACUUCAGACGCUACUUCACCAAGUUCGAGAAAUAUGUCGAUGACCCUGCUUACCCAGAUGUGAACACCCAAGUCAAAGGACGCGACGGGCCGAUGCGCGUCGGUUACUUCAGUUCUGUUUCAGAAGGCUCGAAAGACUUCAUCAAAACUUGUACAAAACUCGGCAUUCCGUAUGCCCCCGAUUUCAAUACCAGCGUAGGAACCAGAGGUGUGAAUAGGAUUAUGACUUAUAUGGAUGAGACUCGUACAAGAGUAUCAUCCGAGUCCGCAUACUUGACCGAUGAUGUUUUGUCCAGACCGAACCUAAAGGUCGUCUUGCAUGCUCAAGUGACGAAGGUGCUCACCGAGAAGGUCGGUGACGAGGUCAAAAUCACCGGUGUCGAAUUCGCCACGAAAAAGAAUGGUCAGCGAUACCGAGCGAGCUCGAAACGGGAUGUCAUUAUUUGCGGAGGAGCCAUCCAUUCUCCUCAGAUCCUUAUGCUGUCAGGGAUUGGCCCCGCUGAUGAUCUGAAGAAAUUGAGUAUUCCUGUCGUCAAAGAUCUACCUGGCGUCGGCUCUCAUCUUAUUGACCAUCCCGUCGUGGACGUUUACUUCAAAAAUAAAUUCAAUGAUUCUCCUAAGCAUGUCAAGCCCAAGGACUUUGUCGAUGCUGUCAAGUUUAUUGGUUCUUCGAUCGAGUACUUCACGAGGCAAAGUGGCCCACUAGCUACCAACUUCGGAGAAUCGGCUGCGUUUGUCAGAACCGACGACCCAACACUGUUUCCGGAAAGCGAAUACCCCGAGAAGAUCAUCGACAGCACUUCAGGACCCGAUAGUCCUGACUUGGAAAUAUUCACAACGCCGUUUGCCUACAAGGACCAUGGAAAGUUCAUGUUCCCGAUGCAUACCUUUGCUGUUCACGUCUGCUUGUUGAGGCCAAUGAGCCAAGGGACUCUCCGACUGAAGUCCGCAGAUCCGUGGGAUGCUCCAUCCAUGGACCCUAAAUAUCUAACUGCUUCAGAAGAUGUUGCGAGAAUCCUGCGCGGUAUCAAGCUCAUCUUCAAAAUCAGCCAGACGGAGCCUCUGGCCCUGAGACUUGAUCAAAAUGACAAGCACCCACUCCUCGACCACCAGACGCACCUGAAGUCGGACAAGGAGCUCGAACAAAUUAUUCGCCAACGUGUAGAAACCUUGUACCAUCCUGCUAGCACCUGCAGAAUGGCACCUCUGGAGGAUGGUGGAGUCGUUGAUAGCAAGCUUCGGGUGUACGGAAUCAAGGGUUUGCGCGUAUGCGAUGCGUCUAUCUUUCCCGAGAUCGUCUCUGGACACACUGCUGGCGCUGUUCUGGCUUCCGCUGAGCAUCUUGCUGAUAUCAUCAAGGCUGAAAUCGCAGGCGAGAAGACUGGAGGGUCCAAACCAUAA